UGCUCCAGCACAGCAGAGAGCGCCUGGAGCCUGAGGGGAGCGCAUCGAGUUUUGGCCUGUGGUCGUGCAGUCCAGGGGGCUGGAUGGCAUGCUGGACCCAAGCUCACCUCAGUGUCUGGGCCCAAUAAAGGCUUUGCCAAGGACGCAGCUUUCUAUCCUGGCCACUCUGAGGUGCAUAGCGUAAUGCCCAUGUUGUUCUACACUCUGAUCACAGCUUUUUUGAUCGGCGUACAGGCAGAACCGUACACAGAUAGCAAUGUCCCAGAAGGAGACUCCGUCCCCCAAGCCCACUGGACUAAACUUCAGCAUUCCCUUGACACAGCCCUCCGCAGCGCCCGCAGCGCCCCUGCUGCACCAAUAGCCGCCCGCGUGACAGGGCAGACCCGCAACAUCACUGUGGACCCCAGACUGUUUAAGAAACGGAGACUCCGUUCACCCCGCGUGCUGUUUAGCACCCAGCCCCCACCCACGUCUUCAGACUCUCUGGAUCUGGACUUCCAGGCCCAUGGUACAAUCUCCUUCAACAGGACUCACAGGAGCAAGCGCUCAUCCACCCACCCGGUCUUCCACAUGGGGGAGUUCUCGGUGUGUGACAGUGUCAGCGUGUGGGUUGGGGAUAAGACCACAGCCACGGACAUCAAGGGCAAGGAGGUGACAGUGUUGGGCGAGGUGAACAUUAACAACAGCGUAUUCAAACAGUACUUUUUCGAGACCAAGUGCCGAGCCCCCAAUCCCGUCGAGAGUGGAUGCCGGGGCAUUGACUCCAAGCACUGGAACUCAUACUGCACAACCACCCACACCUUUGUCAAGGCGUUGACAACAGAUGACAAGCAGGCUGCCUGGAGGUUCAUUCGGAUAGACACAGCCUGUGUGUGUGUGCUCAGCAGGAAGGCUGCAAGAAGAGGCUGAUCCGCAGGCAGCCCCCUUCCCCACCUGCCCCCUCCACACGCUCCUGGGCCCCUCCCUACCUCAGCCUGUAAAUUAUUUUAAAUUAUAAGGACUGCAUGGUAAUUUAUCGUUUAUACAGUUUUAAAGUCAUUAUUUAUUAAAAUU